UUGUUGUGAACAUUAGACUUUGCUUAUCACUCACCCACGUAGUCCUUGAAGAUUUUAUAGCAACAACUCACUUUUUUCUUGGAAAGACCUCCCACAACGUCUUCAUCUAUAUUUCUAAGCAUUCCAUUAUAAACACAUCGAAAUGUCUUUACGUCAACUUGUGGAUGGCGAUUGUGGUGGUGUUAAUCCACUCAUGCAACUGGGUGGACAAUUCACACGAGAUGCCGCCCGCAAAGAUGAAGGCUUCAUGAAUGCACAGUUCGAGCGUAACUUGCGCCCUGAUGAACAUAUGGUGAACGAGUUUCUAGGACAAGUGACGGCGCCACCACAAUCUUUCCAAAUGGAUGCACUACUGCAAGAAAUGCGUGAAAUAGAGCAAACAAACGGCAUGGCAGUACAUGGUUUGGAUAAUACGAACAGUGUUAGCAAACAGUGGACAAAUGAAUUUAACAUGCAACCGUCAAUGGGAGCAUCCUCCUCACAUAUGGUACAUAUGCAGCCGCAAAAGCAACAGUUGGUACAUGUGCGUGAAUUUUUCGAUGAAGAGGGACCAGGCGUAUCUGGUACGUUUUUAGGCCAUACCCCUUCAGCGCCAUAUAUGCCAUUACAAACAUUGCCAACACCAUACCUAGCCAUCUGCCCAGCAUAUGAACCAAGUACUGAGCGUUUUUUUGAAGAAGCCAAGUCACUUACUAAAGCAGAGACGGAAAAAUUAUUGCCUCAAACAUCCACUAAGGAGUAUGUCGAAGACUGGAUCAACGAUUAUGAAGCCAGUGCAAAGCAACAUCAAGAAACCAGUAGCAGCUAUAAUGAGAGCUUCUGGCAGCGGUUGCAAGAUGAAUGGCAAAAGAUGUCUGAGGAAGCUGAACAUCCCUGGUUAUCUGAAUAUAGCGAAAAUUACGAUCCCUAUAAAGAGUAUGAUUUCGCAGAAGAAAAUCCAUUGGCCGAAGUAGAAAAUGCAUUGGCGAAGGGAAAAGAAUAUAUGCAAAAUGGUGAUAUACCCAGUGCAGUGCUUUGUUUCGAAGUGGCUGUAAAAAAGGAGUCCGAAAACGCUGAAGCAUGGGAGCUGCUGGGCAUCGCACAGGCGGAGAAUGAAAAUGAUCCACAAAGUAUAGCGGCGCUAAAGCGUUCUUUGGAACUACGCCCAGAUAACAACCGUGUGCUAAUGGCGCUCGCAGUUUGCUACACCAACGAAAGCCUACAGAGCCAAGCGCUACGCAUGCUAGUCAACUGGAUGGAAGUAAAUCCAAAAUAUAAACAUCUACUGCAACAGCAUCCAGAAUUACAAACUGAUGCUGGUGCCAUGGCAUCUUCGUUGAUCGUUGGUAGCAAACUACAAGCAGUACAAAAUCUCUUUCUCGACGCUGUACGCUUGAAUCCACAAGAAGUCGAUGCUGAUGUCCAGGAAGCUUUAGGCGUGCUCUACAACCUAUCCUCUGAGUAUGACAAAGCUGUAGAUUGCUUUCGUGCCGCGCUACAUGUUAAUCCGCAAAAUGCAAAAGUGUGGAAUCGUCUGGGUGCCAGCUUAGCCAAUGGCUCACGUUCUGUGGAAGCAGUGGAGGCCUAUCAGCAAGCAUUGCAGCUAGAACCGGGUUUCAUACGUGUACGUUAUAAUGUGGGUGUGUGUUGCAUGAACUUGAAGGCUUACAAACAAGCUGUUGAACAUCUGCUAACCGCUUUAAAUAUGCAAGCAAACACCGCUGCUGCACGCGAGUUACCAGCCGGCGCAGGUGCUAUUAGUGGUGGUCAAGCGCAAAUGUCCCACUCAAUUUGGAACACGUUGAAAAUGGUUAUCUCACUAAUGGGACGUAGAGAUUUACAUGGUGCUGUAAAUGAACGCGAUCUGAGAGUGUUAAAUGAGACGUUCAUGGACACAGCCUAAGCACGGUCGGUUUUCUGGUUUAAGUAUAUUAUAAAUAAUACUAUUACGUUUAAAAUUGUUAAUAUUAAUGGUGUUGGCUUGGUUUUGCAAAUCCGAUUCAAUGCAACUUAUAAAUAAAUAAUAA